AGCCGUGGGGAAGAGAGCAGAGAGAGAGGCUCAUUUUCAGAGCAUCUUCAAAUUGGUGCCAGUGGAAUCCAGGAUAACUGUGCGUGGGGCCAGAGGAGGCUCUGGCUGUGUGUUCCCCAGGGAUGCUUCAGGGGUACCUGAACAGGAAUUGUUUCAGCCUGGCCAAUGGAGAAAGGAGCUGGGUGCUUAUGAAGAGAGGAGAUGCUCUAAGUGAGUCUGGACUGCAUUUGGAUCUAUUGGCAUAUCAUAAGCAUAUUCUACAUCAAAGCACCUCCAAAUAAUCAGUACUGGCUUCCCAAGUGUCUUGUGCAGGCACUGUAGAGAAGGUGGCAUCAGCACUGGACUGGGUGUCUGAUAGGUUCCUGUGUUCUCUGGGUUUCUGGCUGCUACGUCUUACUCCCCACCCCUGGCUCCCCAAUCCCCCCCCCUCUCUUCUAUCCACCCCAGGAUUGGUGGCUCUCAGCCCCUCCCCUCAGCCCUCCACCCCCCAGACCCUCCCAAAGCCCUUAUCAGGGAGCAGGAACUGAGUCUCUGCCAGAUCCAAGAUCCCCUCUCCCUUCAGCAGCAUCCUUGUGGAAACUGGGAAGCCAGACCCCAAGACCCACAGAUCCAAAGUCGCCAUAUCUUACCAGGCGUCAAUCCCAGGCACCAUGAGAACAUUGCUGCUCAUGGCCAUCCUGGUCAUCAGUAUUGGAAGGAGCUGCCACGCUGUCUGCGAGGAAUCAAAGGAACAAGGGGCAUUUGGCGGGGGCCACAGCAAGAAGGUCUUAGAUCUCUACCAGCUUCCCCCAUCCCUGCUCCGGAGGUUGUACAACAGCCGAUCUAUCUCCCUGGAUGGGUUGCUGAGGCUGCUGAGCAAGACAAGUGUGGAUUCUAAGGAGACCAUGGAUUACCAGAAACGUGACAUGCAUGAUUUCUUUGUGGGACUCAUGGGGAAAAGGAAUAUACAGGCAGAACCACCAAUGGAGGUGAACCAAGGAAACUUCCCUGGUUUUGGGGACCCCAAGUAUCCCACCGCUUCAGAAUGAGCAGAUUUUUCCAAACUGGCUGUUGGAAUGGAAGCCAAGAAUCUUGCAACAGACAAAAAAAAAAAGCUCCCCCCCAGCCUUUUUUCCCCAGAUCUCCCAUAGUGUUCAUCUUCCGGGACUCUGGAAUGCAUUUUGAAGUCAUUUGCCUGCCUCCUCUCAACCCCAUGAUAAAACAUCCUCAAUUCUAUUUCCUUACCUAUUGCUGUACUCUUCUCCUGCUUUGAUCGGCCAACCCCCAUACCACCGUACAAACCACAUAGAGAACAAACACAUCAGUCCCACGGACACUGAUUGCAGAUGCCAAGCAAUCAAAAUGUAAUCUCUAUCCUCAUCAUCAAUAAAAAGAUUUUUCCACAUGA